AUGUGGGUGUUUGAUGAAGGUGUUCCUGCGUUGUUGGCCGUUGUUCGUUGCUUCCUCUUCAUUGUCGGUCUUCUCUUCGGAGUUCGGCUGAGUGAGGGAGGAGAAGAUGGGUUGGAUAUCAAAUUCGGCUUUCAGAAAUUUGACUCUUUGUCUCUCCUCCUCUCUUCUGGUGCUACCUUUCAACCACAACCACAACCACAUGCAGGCCCCUUGAAGAAGAUGUACGUGUUCGGAGACUCGUAUACCGACACGGGCAACACAGGCUCCACCAGCGGCCCAAGUGGCUUCGGCUAUGUAUUGAACCUCCCUUACGGCCGCACAUACUUCCACCACUCCACCAACCACUACUCCGAUGGUCGCCUCGUCAUCGACUUCGUAGCACAAUCUUUGUCCCUCCCAUACUUGCCUCCUUACCUCCAUCUUAUUAAUAGCAACCAAAAGCCAUCAUCAAUGGGUGUCAACUUUGCUAUUGCUGGUUCUACUGCAAUAAUACACAGUUUCUUUGUGAAGAACAACCUCACACUCAACAUCACUCCUCAGUCCCUUCAAACCCAGCUCACUUGGUUCAACAACUUCUUGGAGUCUCAGGGGUGUAGAGGAGGAGGAGGCCCCAUAACAACUACCACAACCACCCAAUGCAAUGCAACAAUCAAUGAUGCUCUCUUCUGGGUUGGCGAAAUUGGAGCCAAUGACUGUGCUUAUACCAUUGGGUCUACUAAAACUGAAUUUUCUGUGACGAUUACAAUUUUGGGAGUUUUUUCAAAUUUCUCUGGUUUUUGGGGAUUCUAUGAUGUAGAUGUUAGGGAAAAUAUAUGA